GCGGGAAGGUUGCUGGGGCAGCUGACGUGAGCGGUGUCACUGACCCGCGCCCGCUGAGGCCGCUGGAGCCCAGCCCCUCUCUCCAGCCUUUUCGGAGGCUCGCUCCGUUCCAGGGCGUUUGUGAAGCUCGCUUCCAUGUCCCCGGUGGGCACGGCACCCCGGAACCUCCACGCCCAUGGCCGCUAGCCUGAGGAGGCCCUCUUUCUCCGCCUCUUCUUCCUCCUCGGCAGACCCAGACGACGAGGGGGUGCGCGGCACUUGCGAAGAUGCUUCUAUAUGCAAGAGGUUUGCAGUGAGCCUUGGCUACUGGCAUGACCCUUACAUCCAGCAUUUGGUAAGACUGUCUAAGGAGAGGAAGGCCCCCGAAAUUAACAGAGGAUAUUUUGCUCGGGUCCAUGGCGUCAGUCAGCUUAUAAAGGCAUUUCUACAGAAGACAGAAUGUCACUGUCAGAUUCUAAAUCUUGGGGCUGGGAUGGAUACCACCUUCUGGAGACUAAAGGACGAAGAUCUUCUCCCAAGUAAAUAUUUUGAAGUGGACUUUCCCAUGAUAGUCACGAGAAAGCUGCACAGCAUCAAAUACAAGCCUUUCUUAUUACAACCCAUUAUAGAAUUACAUUCAGAGGACACACUGCAAAUUGAUGGACACCUGUUGGAUUCAAAGAGAUAUGCCAUUAUUGGAGCAGAUCUCCGAGAUUUACCUGAACUCGAAGAGAAGCUAAAGAAAUGUAACAUAAAUCCACAAUUGCCAACACUGCUGAUAACGGAAUGUGUGCUGGUUUACAUGACUCCGGAGCAGUCGGCCAACCUUCUCAAGUGGGCAGCUAACAGUUUUGAGACAGCUAUGUUCAUAAACUACGAACAGGUGAACAUGGACGACCGGUUCGGACAGAUCAUGAUCGAAAACCUGCGGAGGCGACAGUGUGACCUGGCGGGAGUGGAGACCUGCAAGUCGUUAGAGUCACAGAAAGAACGGCUCCUGUCGAAUGGGUGGGAAACAGCAUCAGCCGUCAACAUGAUGGAAGUCUACAGCAGAUUGCCUCAAGCUGAAGCGAGCAGAAUAGAGUCACUUGAAUUCCUGGAUGAAAUGGAGCUGCUUGAACAGCUCAUGAAACAUUACUGCCUUUGUUGGGCAAGCAAAGGAGGAAGUGAACUAGGUUUGAAGGAAAUCACUUACUAAUCUAUUGGAAGCCCAGGCCGAGCUGGGAGCUGCUGCCACCAACCUUCCCAGAGUGGACUGGCCACGUUUCCUGGGCGGUGGCCAGCCCUGGGCUCGUCCCACACCCUGACAGACCUCACUUCCCAGGGCUGUCGCACCACCUGCUGUGCCCGUUGGCUUACCGUUUAAAUAAAUCUCUGUUGCCAAUUGC